ACACGCCGAGCUCCCCACGACACGGUACGGGACUACUGUUGUUGGCUUUUCCGCACCCACACUCGCUCGCUCCGUCGCCGGCACCACCACCACCGACAGCCCGCGACACGACCCGACGGCAACGACCCGACGGCGACGACGACUGCGACGACGACAGCAGCGACAUGAAUGAUCCAAUGAUCUACUCACCGCCCGCACCAGCCAUACCGGCAGACAUACCGGCCGCCGCGCACGCAACACACUCCCACUCGCACUCGCUGGUGAUACCAGACUCGGAGGCCGACUCGGAGUCUGACCUGACGGAGCUGUCGGAGCUCUCAGAGCUCUCGGAGGUGUCGGAUCUCGAGGGGUACAAUACCGACGAGUAUGCGAAGGAGUUUCCUGUCGGUGUUGAUGUUGAUGGAAAUGUUGUUGUUGAUGGCGAUGGCGAUGGCGAUGUGGAUGUGGAUGGCGACGACCACGACCACGACGAUAUCUGGGAGUCCGAGAGUAUUUUUGAUGAUGUCCUCGAUGAAUUGACGGCUGAGGAGAUCGGAAAUGAUGAGGAGGCCGUUACGGAGGAGGAGAGGACGCAGUUGAGGGCCCUGCUCAAGCAGACGGGCGAGGAGGGGUUCAUCCACGCCGUCAUUGUCAAGGGAGGCAUGUCCGUACGCAAAUGCUUGACGGCGUUCAAUGUUCGACCGCCUGCUUUCAUGGAAGAUGCUCCUGAUAGGUCUCUCGUGGGCUUACUACGAAUCGUUGUCGGCCGCGAGAUGAUGAAGCGGACACGGAUUCCGCAGGUCAAUACCGUCGAGCGCGUUGUAGAGCUUCUGAGGGAGGCCAAGAGCAUCAUCGUUCUUACGGGAGCAGGCAUUUCGACUUCGCUCGGAAUCCCCGACUUCAGAUCUAAGGGAAGCGGUCUCUAUUCUCGGCUCGAGGGGCUGGGUCUCAGCGACCCACAGGAGGUGUUUGACAUCGACAUAUUCAACGACGAUCCGACAAUAUUCUACUCUGUUGCGAAAGACAUUCUCCCCACGACAAAGACGUUCUCGCCAACCCACGCGUUCAUCGAGUUGUUGCAAAAGAAGAACAAGCUGCUCACACAGUAUACCCAAAACAUAGACAACCUGGAGAUCCUCGCCGGCAUCCAGCCCGAAAAACUGAUCCAGUGUCACGGCAGCUUCGCGUCGGCCACGUGCGUGAAAUGCAAGCACAAGGUUCCCGGCGAAGAGAUCUUUCCCGAGCUUCGUCGCGGCGUAGUAGCCAAGUGUGACAACUGCCUCAAACUCCUCGCGGAAGGCAGCGCCGCCGAGAAGAAACGGAAGCGUGCUAAGAGCGCGGAGGAAUGGCGGAAGAAACGCAAGCGCGCGAAGAACCCCGAGAACUGGACCAAAAAGAAAAAGUAUAGCGAGGACAGCUCCGCCGACGAGGAGGAGAGCAAUUUCCGCGAGGCGGGUGUCAUGAAGCCGGACAUUACGUUCUUUGGCGAGCAGCUCCCAGAUACCUUUCAUAAGCGUCUCGUCGACCAUGACCGCUACAAGUGUGACCUUCUCAUCUGCAUCGGCACGAGCCUCAAGGUGGCUCCAGUCUCGGAAAUUAUAGGAUUCUUGCCGCCAGAUGUCCCGCAGAUUUACAUCUCGAAAACUCCGGUGGAGCAUGUCGAAUUCGACGUGGAGCUGCUGGGCGAGUGUGACGGGUGCGUCGCGGAACUCUGCCGUCUCGCCGGCUGGACACUCCAGCACGAAAUGGUCCCGGAAACGCGUCCAGAAGUCGAGUGGAAGAGGGUCUCGGAGGGUCCUGGAAAUCGGUUCGAGUACACAAUCAGGGAGAAGGAGCAUUUGAGCUAGCUACUUAGCUAGGUGAUACAUGUGUAGUUUUCCUCUUUCUUUUUUUCUAGCUUCUUUUUCUGGCUUCUCUCUUCUUUCUUCUUUCUUCUUAUUCUUCUUCCUUUUUUCUUCUGGCUGCGUUGAACUCCU